CGUUAUAUUAUUUUAUGUGAUCGUAAGUUUGCCAAUUUUGUUUAUUUGUGGUGUGUAUGUGAAGACUUUCGUGGCUGUAUCAUUCAUAUCUGUCGAAAAUCCUUAAGCUGCACAAAGAAAGUGAAACCAGUUCUACCUUGACGUAAACAAAAUGAAGAUUAAUCUCAGCAUCAACAAAGUAUUACUGCCGAUGAAGGCGCAUUACUUCCUAUUCAAUGCAGGUACAGGAUGUAUUGUUCCUUUCAUGUCAGUACUUGCCAGGCAGUUAGGAUUUUCGAGUGUAACCGUGGGAAUUAUCUACACAAUUUCACCAUUUGCAAGUAUGGUUAGUAAACCAACGAUGGGAGCAUUUUCCGACAGAUUCCAUUGCAAGAAAAUUGUAUUCCUAGCAGGUAUUUUACUUACUGCUUUAGCGGUUUUCCUUCUGAAUUUUGCUCCGAGUGUGCCAACUAGUCAUAAAAUGAGAUUUUCAUGCAACGACAUGUCUAGCACUAUGGACACCUGCGUCGAUAACUUCACUAUAACCGACGAUUGCGCCGUCGAAAGCAUUACGACGGAAACGGGGAAUAUCACUGUGAAUUGUCAGAUGACGUGUCAAAUGGACUCUUCAGCCUGGAGAACCGUAUGUAACGCUUGGAAUAUGGCGCAAUACUGCAACACCAAUUCAUCUACGUUGUCCUUUACUGCGACAACUCCAGCAAAUUCAGCCAGAAUGAUAAACGAGUGCCUUAGAUUUAAUAUAGGUAGUAUUAAUCUAGACGGAAAUACUUUUACCCCAUUAUGUCCAGCUGGCGGACAAAUAGAAUCUUCAUGCGAUAUUGAAUGCGACGCUCCAGCUUUAAAUGAACUGGUUGCAAAUCCUCUGAUUGCCGAUGAUGAAGUUUAUGGUCACAGCGCUUUUUGGGUGGUAAUGUUGCUGUAUGUGCUGAUAUGGAUUUUCCAGGCUGUUGCUGUAACCAAUAGUGAUGCCAUAUGUUUUCAUUUAUUAGAGAAAGCACCACACAAGUACGGAUAUCAGCGACUAUGGGGCGCAGUAGGUUGGGGAAUUUUUACAUUCUGCUGCGGAUAUAUAAUAGAUUUUCACAGUCAAGGAAAAAGUCAAAAGGAUUACACACCAGCAAUUUAUUUAGGAAUGGGAAUGUUAAUUCUCAACUUUAUUGUUGCCUUCUUUAUAAAGUAUGAUGAACCGACACACAAGCCAAAUAUCUUUAGAGAUGUGGGACGACUUUUAACAAAUGUUCGUUUCCUCGUAUAUAUCGUGUGGUCUAUUUUUGUGGGAAUAUGCGUAGCGAUGGUAUGGAACUUUCUAUAUUGGGUGGUGGAAGAUAUCGCUGCUGAAGCUGGUUGUGACUCAACGACAUGGAUUAAAACUCUUGAAGGUCUCAUGCAAGUUAUGCAGUGUUUAGCUGGAGAGCUUCCUUUCUUUUUCCUUUCCGGAUGGAUAUUGAAAUAUGUGGGUCACGUUAACUGUAUGACUUUGGUAACUUUUGUUCUUGGAAUAAGAUUUAUGUUAUAUUCUAUUAUCAAAAAUCCAUGGUUAUUUCUACCAGUAGAAAUGCUUAAUGGAAUAACCUUCGGAUUGUUCUAUAGUACCCUGGCAUCAUAUGCAAGUUUGGUAGCACCUCCUGGCGCCGAAACCACCUGUCAGGGAAUUGCGGGUGCAGUUUUUGAGGGCGUAGGAGUCAGUUUGGGAAGCCUGAUGGGAGGAUAUCUUAUAGAGAUUUACGGAGGAUCCAUGACGUUUAGAAUACUCAGUAUAGCAGCGUUUGUAUUUUCCGUAUUGCACGCUUUGGUUCAGUUCAUUCUUCAAAAGUGUUCUCCAAAUAAUGCACCUAAUUCAGAUAAAAACUUGAGUGAAUAAAAUAAUUUUACAAUA